UUCUUCGGGACCAGUCACGUGACGGCGGCGCUGCAGGAGGCCCGCAGCACGACAUCUGUCGGCCUGCGGUUCCGCACUGGUCGCGGCGACGCCCUGCUGCUGGUGGCUGCCGGCCGCACCGACUACCUGCUGAUGCUGCUGGAGGGAGGACUGCUGAAGGUCCGGAUCAACCUGGGCGCCGGUGAGGGGGAGGUGACGUCUCCUCCCGACCGCCGGCUGGACGACUUACUCUGGCACGUCGUCGACGUGCAGCGCAAGGACGCCGACGUCGCCCUCACCAUCGACGGCGUACACGUCAGCAGAAUAAAGCUCCCUGGUCGCUUCUACGAGCUAAACAUCCACUACGGCGUGUUCAUCGGUGGGAUGGGCGACUUCUCAGAGAUCUUCUUGGGCCUGCUGGACAACUUCCGCGGCUGCCUGCACCAGGUCCGCUUCAACGACGUGCCGCUGUUCCCGACGGCGCGCGAGCGCGGCACCGCCUUCGGCGUCACCUGGGGCUGCGACAAACAGUUUGACGCCGACGCCGACGUGUCGCUGAGCUUCGUCGGCGAGCACGCGUUCGCUAUGCUGCCGCCGCUGCUGCCGCACGCCGGCGGCACCCUUCGGCUCGACCUGAAGACGGCCGCCGCGGACGGCCUGAUCGUCUACAACGACGCGGGCCGGCGUGGCCGCGACCACGUGAUGGCGACGCUGCGCGACGGCCGGCUGCGUCUGAGGCUGGAGGCCGGCGGACGGCGCGUGCAGCUCGACAGCAAGGUGGCCGUCAACGACGGCGUCUGGCACAAGGCGCAGCUGACGGUCGGCGUUGAGUACGUCGAGCUGAGUGUCGACCAGACGCUGACCAGCGUCAAGCCCGACAACGGCACCAACUUCCAGGCAUUCGCGUCAAACCUCUUCGUCGGCGGUCUGAGCGAGAAGAACCGCAUCCGUGCGGCCAAGCAGGGCAUCGAGGACAUUCCGGUGGACCUGCGCGGCUGCGUGCAGAACCUCUUCGUCGACGACGUGCUGACGGGCCUGCCGAGCGUGGUUGAGAGCCUGGGCGUGCAGGCCGAGUGCGUCUGGGAGUACCCGUGCCUUCGCGACCCGUGCGUGUCCGGCGGCGUGUGCGUGCCGCAGGGCGUAGCCGAAUUCCGCUGCGACUGCGAGCAGCCGGUGUGCGUGCGUGCCGACUUCACGAGUCAGUACGGCGUGUUCACCGACGCGCGGCUGCCGGCCGGCCUGCAGCUGCUGUCGCUGUCACCGCUGGCGGUGCUGGAGGGCGGCGAGGCGCUGCUCACCACCGCCAACGUCCAGCUGGUGCUCGACUACGAGAAGUACGGCGUGCGUGACUCGGGUGUCUUCUUCCACGUGCGCGAGCCACCCAAGCAGGGCGUGAUCAGCGUGGAUGUGUGGCGGAGGCCGGACGAGUCCGUCUUCACGCUGCUCGACCUCCUCUCGGACCGCGUGCGCUACCUGCACGGCGGCGCCGAGAGCGGACAGGACGUGGUCGUGUUCGAGCUCGAGCUGUUCGCGCGCGCCGGCUUCACGCUGCCCGCCUACCUGCAGGCGCGCCACAAGUUCGUGCUGCACGUGGCGGUGACGCCGACGCGCCGCACGCUGGGCGCCGACGUGCUGCACGCCCAGGACCCGGACAGCCGGCCGCGCGAGCUCGUCUUCACGCUGCUCAGCCCGGCUGAGGUGGAUGGCCACCUGGAGCUGGCGCGCCGGCCCGACGAACCGGUCGACUCGUUCACGCAGGAGCAGGUGGACGACGGUCAGGUGUUGUUCGUGCACGGCGGCGGUGGCGGCGACACGCGGCUUGCGCUGCGCGUCUCCGACGGCCAGGCCACCAGCGAGACGACGUUGCUGCGCGUGGUCACCUUCCGCCUGGAGGCGGUGGCCGUCAACAACACCGGCCUGCGCGUGACGCAUGGAUCCAGCGCGCUCAUCACCACCGCCAAUCUCAGCUUCACCACCAACGCGCAGGACGAGCAGGUUGGCAUCAAGUUUGUCAUCGUGAAGCAGACGCAGAGCGGCAAGGUGCAGAAGCUGCGCGGUAACGGCCACUGGCAGCCGACCAGCCACUUCACCAUGCGGCACCUGAAGCGGCGCCGCGUGCGCUACCGGCACACGACAGGCACUCCCGACCAUGACGGCUUCCGCUUCCAGGUGGUGCUGCAGGACGCCACGCAGCCGGCUGUGCACGACUUCCGCAUCCAGUUCCUCACCGUCUCGGUACAGCUGGUCACCAACCGCGAGCUGGUGCUGAACCGCACGCAAGAGGCGGCCGUCACGCGCGACUUCCUGUACGCGGAGCCGCGGCCGUUCCCCCAGCCGGCAGAGAACCUCUCCUUCGUGGUGACGUCGACGCCGCGCUUCGGUGACCUGUUCCGGCUGGAGGGCAGCCCGGCGCGACGCCAGGCGCUGCCAGUAGUCUACCGCCUGCACCGCAAGUCCUACUCGGCGUUCACGGACCUGUUCCGCUUCCGCGUGCACAUCCCCGGCUUCGAGUCACCCGUGCACGAGUUCAACAUGCGCCACGUGCCGCCGGCGCCCAAGGGCAUGAUCUCGAUCAAGCGGAUCGAGGUGGGCGAGGGAGACGCAGUGGCCAUCAUGCCGCGGCAGCUCAGCAUCGAGAUCGACGGCAUUGCCACCGUGUUCUACAACGUGACGGAGCCGCCGGCGCACGGCGGUCUGCGCGCGGCCGGCGAGCGGCGCGCCGCGCUCGCGCACUUCACCUCGCAGGACAUCGCCGCCGGCCGCGUGCUGUACGCGCACGACGACUCGGAGAACCCGAGCGACGCGUUCGGGUUCGUUGCCACCUCGCUUAACCCGGACGACGACUUCCAGUACGUGGGCGUUGCCGAAGUGCUGGUCGUGAUGCGCAACGACAACGCGCCGCGGCGCACGGCAGCGCGGCCGCUGUACGUCGUUCGCGGCGGGCGGCGCGCCGUGCGCCCGGCGCAGCUCACCUUCUCCGACCCGGACCUGUACACGGAGCCGUCCGACAUUUCCUACACGCGCCGCGGCAUCCCCAACGGCGCGCUCUACCUGCACCCCGACUACAAUACGGAGGUGUUUGGCUUCACGCAGGCCGACAUCGACGCUGACCGGCUGGUGUUCCAGCACGGCGGCGUCGACCGCUCGCGCGUCGUGCUCUGGGUGUCAGACGGCGCGCACUACACGACCGGUGUGCUCGAGAUCGCCGCCGCCGAGCCGUUCGUGCGGCUGAACGGCUCGGCGGCGCCGCUGACCGUACCACGCGGCGACUCGCAGCAGGUGACGGCCGACCGGCUCCGGCCUGAGACCAACGUCGAGGUGGCCGACGAGAACGUGCGCUUCCACGUGACGGCGCCGCCGCAGCGCGGCCGACUACGCGUGCGCGGUGAGCCGGGUGCCGUGGAGUACGAGGCGAGCGAGGCGUCGGGCGCGCAGGACUCGGUGGGAUUCGAGGUGCGAGUCGGGAAGCUCGCCUCCAACGGGUCGCUGAGCUUUCGCAUAUACCCGGAGAGCUACUGGGAGCCGCUGCGCGUCGUCAACAACCGGUCGGCGCUGGUGCCCGAGGGCGACAUGGUAACAGUGUCGCAGUCGCUGCUGCACGUGAUGCACCCCAACGUGGCGCCCGGUGACAUCCGCUUCACCGUCACGAAGGGCCCGACGUACGGCUUCCUCAUGCUGCGGGGACCCGACGCCCGGCCCAAGGUCGUCACCUUCGACCAGGCCUUCAUCAACGACGGCAACCUCACCUACGUGCAGUCGGUGGCCAACGCCACAGAGGACCGCUUCGUCUUCACCGUGACCAACGGCAUCGUCAGCAUGUCGGGACUGCAGUUUGACGUGCUGGUGAAGUCGCGCCAGGUGCGCCUGGUCACGUGGAACCUGACGUUGAGCGAGGGUGGCCAGGUGGCGCUCACGCCUCGCGCGCUCACCGUCGCCAGCAGGUACUACCGACAGCGCGUCAGCGGCUUCAGGGUGCUCGAGCCACCGCGCUCCGGCCGCCUCCAGUUGGCGGAGCAGCACGGCCACCAGCUGUUGCGCUUCUCCAGCCAACAGCUGGCCGACGGCCUCGUGCGGUAUGUGCACAGCGGGGACGAGUCCCGCAAGGACUGCCUGACGCUGGUGGUCAGCGCUGACUCCAAGACGUCAGCUCCGGGCCCGCUCUGUUUCGUCAUAACCGGCGUGAACGACCAUCCGCCCAGCCUCGUCAAUAACAGCGGCUUGGUGGUGGUGGAGGGAGGCGCCGUGGCCAUCACCACCGACCAGCUUGACGCGGUGGACGCCGACCGGCCGGCAGUGGACCUGACCUUCUCCGUGACCCGCUCCGAGUGCGGCAACGUCAGCCUCCAGUCGGAGCCGGGUGUGCCGGUCUCCAACUUCACGCGCAGCCAGCUGGCCGGCGGCCAGGUCAUCUUCAGCCACACCCAGCCAGAGGCGAGCCGCUGCAGUCUGCGCGUCACCGUCAGCGACGGCGUCCACCAGACGCCGCCCGAGAGCUGCUCGGUGCGCGUGGAGCGGCUGCGGCUCCAGCUUGUCGCCAACACCCAGCUGCACGUGUUUCCCAUGAUGCAGCAGUCCAUCACCAAGGGACACCUGCUGGUGCGCACCAACGACCCGCGCACCCCGCGCACCAUCACGUACUCGGUCAUCAGGAAGCCACAGCUCGGCAAGAUCACGAGGGAGCAGCCGGACGGCAGCACGGCCGAGAUAAGCUGGUUUACACAGCAGGAGCUAAACCGCAGCCUGGUGCUGUACGAGCACCGGCGGCCGCUGGGCGCGCUCUCGGCCGAGGACAGCGUCGAGCUGCGCGUCGAGACGCCGCCGGCCGAGCCCCUGCGCCGCGUCCGGCUGCGCAUCGCGGACAUCAGCGCCGGCCGGCUCUCCUACCGGCACGACCACUCGGACACGCGCGCCGACAGCUUCGGCUACAGCUUGUUCCUGGCCACGCCCACCUCGGACGUUCUGCUGUACAACGGCACUGUGAACGUGACGGUCGUGUUCAACGUGACUGUCGAGCCGGCGCACAGGCCGCCUCUUCGUAGGCGCCGACAUCGUCAACACCCUUCACGCAGGCGACUCGACAACGGCCGCGUCGCCUACAUGCAGAUGGACCUGAGGCGCCACAACGACUCGUUCGUCGCCUCCGUGUACACCGAGUUCAACGCCAACAUCAUCUUCUUCGUGGCGGCCGACGCGUCGCUCGAGGGCAACGAGACGCUGGCGGACGCGGUACGGUUCGAGCUGACGGCGAACGGUGUGCAGCCGGCGCGGGGCAGCCUGGCCGUGGAGCUGGUGAGCGCCGCGACGCUCGAGGCCGACAAGGCGCUGCCCGGCGUCAACUCGGUGGUGGGCCGCGACCGGCCGGCCGACGCGGCCUCCUUCAUGCGCAGCGACUACGUGCUGGUGGCGGGCGUGGUGAUUGGUGUGGUGAUCACUUCGAUCCUGCUGCUGAUCGUCGUCAACACGCUGCCGCGGCCCGAGCCGAUGGCGUCCAGGCCGCGCCUCUCAGCCAACGGCAGCCUGCCACGGCCGCGCUUCCUGGAGCGGCCCCGCCUGCUGGAGCCCGGCUGGCCGGAGCGCGACGUGUCGCCGUGCGUGCCGCAGUGCACGGUGACGCCGCUCUACACGGGCGCGCCGCCGUCCGAGCUCACCUACUCGUACGACGUGGACACGGACCGACAGUUCUGCGACGACGGCUGGAGCCACGACGGCUCGGAGGUCAGCGCUAGCCAGCCGAGUAACCCGAUCCUGCGCAAGAACCAGUACUGGGUGUAG